GAGUCUUAAUUUACUCCAUUACUGGAUUUUUGUGGUGUUUCUACAUUUACCACCUCAAACGGGAUGUUUAUAUUCGUGGAGCUCAGUUGAAGGAGAAUAGUGGUAGCACAGCUAUGAAGGUGAUGGAAGGCAGUGUUGCUGCGUUCAUGAUAGUGGAAGUGUGAACAGGAGAGGCUAUGGUGGAGAAACCAUGGAAUGUCGUUAUCUGUAGCUUUGCUACUUCAAAUUUGGUUUUACCGACAGACCAUUUUUAGAAGUGAAUUCCAAUACCAGAGUAUAUAGAGGACAAUGAGUUUGAUUACCGCAUAAUCCAUAACAAAGAUUUCCAAGAUUUAAAAAUGGCUCAAAGCCUAUGAAAUUUUUGUUUAAAUGAACAAUUAUUCCAAUGGAGUAAUGACAUGUUUUCUUGAGCUUUUUUUAUGUAGCAGAUGCCAUACCCUCAAUGAAGACCAUGGUUUUGCACAUUAAAGUUACCAUGAGGAGCCUGCCCUGGUUCGCUGCUCUCCCAACAUUUUCAGAGUAUGCAGUUGAAAGAGGGUGGACAAAGUGCUUUUCAAGAAUAAGUGAAGUUGGCUGGUUUGCCUACUUGGUGUACAUCAUGGCGUAUAUUGCUGUUGUGGAGUUCCUAACAUAUUGGGCUCACAGAAAGUUGCAUGACAUCAAACCCCUGUACAAGUAUCUUCAUGCACAGCAUCACAGCUACAACAAGCAGCACAAAAUUUCUCCUUUUGCCGGCUUGGCUCUUCAUCCUUUGGACGGUAUAGCUCAGGGAGGGCCCCAUGAGAUAGCAAUCUUCCUGGUGCCAACCCAUUUCACAACUCACCUCACUGUUGUAUUCUUGGGGGCCAUAUGGUCUGCAAAUAUUCAUGACUGCAUUGAUGAGAAGAUGUGGCCGCUAAUGGGAGGGGGUUAUCAUGUAAUACAUCAUAUGUCAAACCGCCAUAACUAUGGUCUUUACACAAUAUGGAUGGAUUGGAUGUUUGGAACUCUCUCUCAUCCUGUUUCCAACCCAACCAAGCCAAACUGAGGAACUUGCCCGUCCUUCUGUUUUUCAAACUUCUAUUGCCCAUCUUCCCCUCCUGCUUGUGAAAUUUUUAUUGUAUCUCCGUUGAAAUGUUAUCUUGAUACACAUUGGCUUCUCUAGAAGAACUGUAUGGUUGUUCAAAAAUUUCAGCUUGAUGCAA